CACAGUGGACCGACGGACCCCGGCUUACCUACCAAGCCGCGAGCCUCCGGAGCUGGCGGCGGGGUUGCGCGCGCCGCCCGGCCUGAGGGCUCGGCCACUUCGUCAUGUCUCCCGGCACCUGCUGAACUAGGAGCGCCCGAGGAUGUCUGCGCUCAGGAAGGCAUUCCCACAACCAGAGGUUCAGCCAUAGUGCGUGUGGCUCCGCGGCUGCUGUGACCACCUCCGCCUGCACCAGCCCGGCACCAUGGGGACGGCUCAGGUUUUGCCUGGCAUUCUGCAGAAGCACUGUUGCAUCUUACCGGACAGGAACACAGAGUCGCAGUGCACCCUCUGCGGGGAACCGGAAGAGGAAGAAGGUGGCGACCUGGUCCAGCCGGGCAUCAGCUUCCCGGGGCCGACAGAGGAGGACCUAGACCCGCAGUACUCAUGGCCGCCCGCGCAGCACUUCAAUGAGGAGAGGUACUCGCCCGCGCCCCGGAGCAUGAAAGGGCUGUCCGGAAGCCGCAACCCGCCGCAGCUGUGUCCGGGCCACACGUGUGGCCUGGCGGGCCCCGAGGACUGUGACCACGCGCUGGAGCACAUGCACCAUGUGCAGGAGGCCCGGCAGCCCUACCUGCUCAGCCCGGCCGACAGCUGCCCCGGGGACCACCACCGCUGCUCGCCGCGCAGCUCCGUGCACUCCGAGUGCGUGAUGCUGCCCAUGGCGCUGGGCGACCACGUGUCCAGCAGCACCUUCCCCCGGAUGCACUACAGCUCGCACCACGACGCCAGGGACGACUGCGCUAUGGCCCACGCAGGCGCCAAGAUCAACCGCAUCCCCGCCAACCUGCGGGACCAGUUCGAGAAGCAGCUGCCGCUGCACAGGGACGGGUUCCACACUCUGCAGUACCAGCGCACGUCCACAGCAGCCGAGCAGCGCAGCGAGAGCCCCGGGAGGAUACGGCACCUGGUCCACUCCGUGCAGAAGCUCUUCACCAAGUCGCACUCCCUGGAGGGCUCCUCCAAGGGCAACGCCAACGGGACCAAGGGGGACAGCAGGGCGGAAGACCACCACCACGGCCACCACGCCAAGCAAGGCAAGCGGAGCAAGAGCCGGGAGCGCAAGCCGGAGAGCAGGCACAGGUCGGGUGGGAGCAGCUGGUGGAGCUCGGACGACAACCUGGACAGCGACAGCACCUACCGCACGCCCAGCAUGGCCAACAGGCACCUGAUGGACCCGCUGGCCCACUGCUACUCGGACACGCUACAGAGCCCCUUCGGGGACCUCUCCCUCAAGACCUCCAAGAGCAACAGCGACGUCAAGUGCUCAGCCUGCGAGGGCCUGGCCUUGACCCCCGACUCCAAGUACAUGAAGCGCAGCUCCUGGUCGACGCUCACGGUGAGCCAGGCCAAGGAGGCAUACCGCAAGAGCUCGCUCAACCUGGACAAGCCGCUGGGCCACCCGGACCUCAAGCCGCCUCUGCGGUCCUGCCACUACCUCCAGGUGCCUCAGGAUGAGUGGGGAGGGUACCCCGCCACGGGCAAAGAGGAGGAGAUCCCCUGCAGGAGGAUGCGGAGUGGGAGCUACAUCAAAGCCAUGGGGGACGAGGACAGCGGGGAGUCGGACUCCAGCCCCAAAACAUCACCUAAGACGGCCAUGCGGCCGGAGCCCCUGCUGAAGUCCAUUGGACAGAGGCCACUUGGAGACCACCAAAGCCAGAGCUACCUGCAAGCUGCCAGUGACGUGCCUGUUGGUCACAGCCUGGACCCUGCUGCCAACUACAACUCCCCAAAAUUCCGUUCCCGGAACCAGAGCUACAUGAGGGCUGUCAGCACCCUGAGCCAGGCCAGCUGCGCGAGUCAGGUGAGUGAAGCAGAGAUCAACGGGCAGUUUGAGUCGGUGUGUGAGUCCGUCUUCAGUGAAGUCGAGUCUCAGGCCAUGGACGCCCUCGACCUCCCGGGGUGUUUCCGGACACGGAGUCACAGUUACCUUCGCGCCAUUCAAGCCGGCUACUCCCAAGAUGAUGAAUGUAUCCCCAUGAUGACAGCUGCUGACAUCACCUCCACCGUCAGGUCCGCCACAGCUGUCUCCUACACAAACUACAAAAAAACACCCCCUCCCGUCCCUCCUCGGACCACCUCCAAGCCCCUGAUCUCAGUGACGGCCCAGAGCAGCACGGAGUCCACCCAGGAUGCCUACCAGGACAGCCGCGCCCAGAGGAUGUCACCAUGGCCCCAGGACAGCCGUGGCCUCUACAACUCCACGGACAGUCUGGACAGCACCAAGGCCAUGAACCUCGCCCUGGAAACAGCCGCUGCCCAGCGCCACGCCUCCGACAGCCAGAGCAGCUCGGUGCGGACCAGAGACAAGGCCAUCCUGGCAUCCAAGGCCGAGGAGCUUCUCAAGAGCUGCCGCCCCUCCAUCGGGAUUCAGGAUUCUGAAUUCCCAGAGCAUCAGCCAUACCCAAGGUCAGAUGUGGAAACAGCUACUGAUUCUGACACAGAGAGCCGAGGCCUUCGGGAGUACCACUCAGUGGGCAUACAGGUGGACGAUGAAAAGAGACACGGGCGUUUUAAACGUUCCAACAGCGUCACAGCAGGAGUCCAGGCUGACCUGGAGCUGGAGGGGUUUCCAGGACACAUCGCCACAGAGGACAAAGGCCUCCAGUUUGGCUCUUCCUUCCAGCGGCACUCGGAACCCAGCACGCCCACCCAAUAUGGGGCAGUGCGGACUGUACGGACCCAGGGCCUCUUCAGCUACCGGGAAGAGUACAGAGCCCCCGUGGACACGUCAAGCCUGCCCCCACCUGACCCCUGGCUGGAGCCAUCCCUGGAGACGGUGGAGACCGGCAGGAUGUCUCCCUGCCGCAGGGACGGCUCAUGGUUUUUGAAACUGCUGCACACGGAGACCAAGAGGAUGGAAGGCUGGUGCAAAGAGAUGGAAAGAGAGGCGGAGGAGAAUGAUCUCUCGGAGGAAAUUCUCGGCAAGAUCAGGAGCGCUGUGGGGAGCGCACAGCUCCUCAUGUCCCAGAAGUUCCAGCAGUUUUACUGGCUUUGCCAACAGAACAUGGACCCGAGUGCCAUGCCCAGACCCACCUCCCAGGACCUGGCCGGGUACUGGGACAUGCUGCAACUCUCCGUAGAGGAUGUCAGCAUGAAGUUUGACGAGCUGCACCAGCUGAAGCUCAACGACUGGAAGGUCAUAGAGUCUCCUGAGAGAAAGGAAGAAAGAAAGGUCCCCCCUCCAAUACCAAAGAAGCCCCCCAAAGGAAAAUUUCCUAUAACUAGAGAAAAAUCCCUAGACCUGCCCGAGAGACAACGGCUGGAGGCCCGGAGACGGCUCAUGGCCGCCAAGAGAGCAGCCUCCUUCCGCCAGAAUUCUGCCAGCGAGCGAGCGGACAGCAUCGAGAUCUACAUUCCCGAGGCCCAGACCCGGCUCUGAGGACUGCAGGCCGCAGCGUCCACCUUCUUGUUUCUCUUUUUAACAUGACCCUUGUACAGUUUAUCGCCUACCUGGCGACUUCUGUCCCAUUUGCUCCACUGAACCCACCCUUGCUGUCACAUUCUCUGUGCCAUAAACCCGGUGGAAUGCUUUCCAUUUCCUCAGUGUGCUGAGCCUGGCAAGAACGACUUUGUUUUUUUUUAAACCAAUGGCCUGACUUACAAUCAGCUCCGAUGGACAGGCUUGGUGAGACCUAUCUUCUCCUCUUUGUUCUCAGAGGAUGACCAGAAACGCCUCUGGAGAUGGAACCCAGCUUACAUUUUGUUAUUUAUAUUUUUAUAAAUUGUGUGAUAAUUAGAGGUAAGAAUAACAAAUAACUAUAAACGGGUGCAUCUCGCCGCUCCCUAGAGGCAUUAGACAACCCAGUGGAAGGUGCUACAACUUGAAGUACAGGACAGAAAGCCCCUCCCCUCCUGUCCAGCCCAUGCGCCCGCCAUUGCCACUGUCCUUGUCCUCUUUGUCACAAAUAGGAAGCCUUAGGCUCCUUGCGUCCGAGUGUAUGGUUAUGAAAAGUGGUCUCUUUAACCGCCAGACUCCUUACCAUAUGGUUCUCCAAAAACCCAGGGAUUCCAAGUCUGAACCCACUAAAAAUACCCAGCACAGCAUCCCUACAUUAGAAAAAUGAGCCAAAUGUUUCCACAAGGAAGUUAUGCAUGAAAAGAGAUUGGGGCCUUAAGAAAGGUUGGGAGUAUAAAGAGAAAAUAAUUGUCCUUACUUCUAUGAACCAGUUAUUGUAUUUUUUAAUUCUUUGUAACUUAAAAUAUUAUACCCAGUGUUUUCUUUACGUUUCACCAUCUAUGCUACAUGUGAUUUUUUUACAUAUGUAUAUAUAUAGUCUCAAAUUGCUCUAUCAGUUGAGUUUCCAGGGUAUCCUUAAAAAAAAAAAAAAGUUUGCUUGUUGAAAAUGACAGUUGUGACGUUGUAAAAAGUUUAAGAAAUAUGAAUGUGAGUGGUAAGUAUAUCUCCCUUUCAAUGGUAAAGAAGAAAUGUAGUUUACAUUUGUAUUUUUCCAGAAUUCUUUUGUCCUAUGCAGUAUUGCUGAAGUCAAGAAUAUUAUUUCUUGCCUGUGUUAGACAUGAAGGGAAAAAAGAGGUCACCUAUUGUGACUUCCAGCUGUGGAAUUUUAAAGAAAAGUCAUUAGUGCUCAUGACUCUGAUUGGCAGCCAAGAAAACAGGAGCGACUCUCAUUAAUAGGCUUUCCAUGUGUGUAAUUAAAUUUAGAGGCAGUGAUCAUUGUUUCCACUUAACUUCUGAAUCAGACACGUCGUCGAGGGAAAAGCCUAUCAGAUUUUUCCAUUUGCUCUCAAGUUCAGAGUUCUCACUGUUACUCAAGGUACAGGCAGGCUUGCAAUUUGAGCCAGGUAUUU